AGCAGCAUCUCUGGAGAAAAGGAAUGGGUGACGCUUUCGAUCGAGAUCAUUCUUCAGACUGAGAGUCAGGGAAGAGGGAGACAGAGAUAAGGAAAGGUAAGGUGUGAAAACGAGACAUUAAAGGAGACAGAGUUCAAGGGAAAUAAUAAUAAUAUAUUUUAUUGUCAUUGCACAUAAGCGCAACGAGAUUUGGUAUGUAGCUUCCAUCCGAUGUCAUAACUUAAAUAACUAAUACAAUUUAGAUUUAAAUACCCCGAGAACAUGGUUUGUAAGUAAAAUUUAGAUUUAGAUACCCCGAGAACAUGGUUUGUAAUGUAGAAGAGAUCAUUGUAGAAUAGAUCAUUGUUAGCUAAGAGGUAACAAUGAAGCAAACAGAUAAAAUGUAAUCAGGGACAGUCAGACUGGCGGGAGAGGGGAUGGAGAGAGAGGGAAAGCAAGGGUAACUUUGUUAGAGAAGUCAAUGUACAUAACGCUGUGGUGUGUGGUGUCCAAGCGGUAGGACGUCCGACUGCGUCGUCGCAGAGCUAAAUGCCAAAGAUCCUAUUGCAAUCCUUGCUAAAUGCCGCUUGAGCAUUUGAAAUGUGAAGAGGACUCUCAUUCCUUCCUUCCUUCUCUGCACAGUCGCUGCCGCAGACUGACCCCAGCAGCAAAGACCCUUUGCCCAGCAGCGUGUGUCUGGCUCCGGUACAGCUUCGGCCAGUGGAGCCGCCAAUCAUCAGGGGGGGCGGGACAAGCGCGUCUUUCGACCCCGCCCCUAAACUGCGUCACAGUUCCACACGCGGCAGCUGAUUGGCCCAGAGCAUCACUUCUCUAGUACCGCCCACUAAGCAGAAGUCGCCCGCUCCGAUUGGCCAGCGCGGCCGUCCAUCACCGCGGAAUGGGGGCGAGCUCCCGUGACGUGUCUCCUCCCUGUUAGCCCCGCCCUCAGAGCCGAAAUUAUCUGAUUGGUCGAAGCGGCCGUCAAUCGACAUUGGGGCGGGUCCUCCCCUAGUCCCGCCCUCCAUGCAGAAGCGCCUCUCUGAUUGGCGGUGACCCCGUCGCCCAUUGGUCCAGGGCGCUGUCAGUCACGGCGCGGCUGCGGGCGGAUUGUGGGAGAGCUCCUCCGCAAGAUGGCGGCGAACGCCGGGCCUGGCAACAGCUGGCGGGUCGGUUAGAGACUCGCCGCGGGGAACAGCCUUCCACACAAGCCGCCUGCAACCGGGGAGCGCUCGCCUGCUUGUGUCUCCGCUUCAAACCCCUGAGGGAGGAGUAAGAUUGCCGAGCUCCCUACCAUCUACCCCUACCCUUCCUUCCUUCCUUCCCUCCCCAUAACAUUCCUCCCACUCCCUCACUCACUCACUCACUCACUCCCUAAUAAAAUGGCAACCAUGGAGAAACUGAUGAAGGCCUUCGAGUCACUGAAGUCAUUCCAACAGGGACCGUCCAGCGAGGAGCCGGGACAGAAACAGAAGAAAGAAUCUGCCACAACCAAAAAGGAACGCGUAACUCACUGCUUGACCAUAUGUGAAAACAUUGCUGCACAGUCUCUUCGGAACUCGCCAGAAUUUCAGAAGUUGCUGGGGAUUGCAAUGGAAAUGUUUUUGUUGUGUUGUGAUGAUGCAGAGUCAGAUGUCCGAAUGGUGGCAGAUGAAUGCUUAAAUAAAAUUAUUAAGGCCCUGACUGAUUCAAAUCUGCCACGGUUACAACUAGAAUUGUAUAAAGAAAUUAAAAAGAAUGGUUCAUCAAGAAGCUUGCGGGCUGCGCUCUGGAGAUUCGCUGAGCUGGCUCACCUUGUCCGUCCACAGAAGUGCAGGCCGUAUCUUGUGAAUCUGCUUCCCUGCCUGGCCAGGAUCAGCAAGCGAUCGGAAGAAUCUGUGCAGGAGACGCUGGCUGGUGCCGUGCCAAAGAUAAUGGCAGCUUUGGGAAACUUUGCCAAUGACGGAGAAAUCAAGAUUUUGUUGAAGACCUUUAUUGGGAACCUAAAAUCGAGUUCUCCAACCAUGCGUAGAACUGCAGCCAGCUCUGCUGUUGGCAUCUGUCAACAUUCGAGAAAAACUCAGUACUUCUAUACCUGGCUUUUGAAUGUGAUUUUGGGUUUUUUGGUCCCAGUGGAAGAAGAUCGACCAACUCCACUUGUUCUGGGUGUGAUGCUCACCCUGCGGUACCUGUUACCUUUACUGCGCCAACAAGUGAAAGACACCAGCCUGCGGGGCAGUUUUGGUGUGACUCGGAAGGAAGCUGAGAUCUCCCCUUCCUUGGAGCAGCUUGUACAGGCGUAUGAAUUGACGCUGCACUACACCCAACACAGGGACCACAAUGUGGUGACGGCAGCCUUGGAAGUGCUGCAGCAGCUGUUCCGCACCCCCCCUCCUGAGCUGCUCCGCACCCUGACCACCGCCGGCAGCAUUGCCAGAGUUAGCAUCGCGCGAGACGAUACCUCCAAUCGCCUUCGCAGCAGCAGUAUAGUGGAGCUCAUAGGCAAAAUGGUUUCUGGAGAAGAAGAUGGACUUGAAGAUGAUGCGGAGACCAGGUCAGAGGUCAGCGCGACCACUUUUCCAGGUUCAAUGAACAGUGAGGGAACCGGUGAAGUGCCAUCAUCUUCUGGUGCCUCUACCUUGGGGUCCACAAGCCCGGUGGCUGAUUCUGCAGGGAAUGAUAUCAUCACCGAGCAGCCACGAUCCCAGCACACGCUGCAGUCCGCAGAGUCUGCUGACCUCAACAGCUCGGCAACAUCGGACCUGACCGGCCUGACGGUGGAGGGAGCGGCUGACGAAACCCUGAGCCGCAGCUCCAGCCAGAUCAGCACCAUCCAGUCAGACACCAACGCAGACCCGAACGACAGGACCAACCAGGCGACGUCUCCGCUCAGUGAGAGCUCGCAGACCACCGAGGGCCCAGAUUCGGCUGUGACCCCGUCAGACAGCUCAGAACUUGUACUAGAUGGAACGGAGAGUCAGUAUUCAGCAAUGCAGAUUGGACAACUUCAAGAUGAGGAGGAGGAUACCUUAAACACCACAGGAGAUGCUCUACUAGAAAGCUUCACAACUUCCACUCUUGCAGUAAACAAAUCUCAUUUGUUAAGUCACAUGGGCCACAGCCGGCAAUCCUCUGACAGCAGUGUUGAUCGUUUUGUGUCGAAGGAUGACUGCGUUGAGUCAGCAGAUCUUGAAACCAAGCCUUGCCGGAUAAAGGGAGACAUUGGCCAUUACACUGAUGAGAAUGCGGCACCUUUAGUCCACUGUGUUCGUCUCCUUAGUGCAUCUUUUCUUUUAACGGGUCAAAAGAAUGGUCUGAUUCCUGAUAAAGAAGUCAGAGUGAGUGUCAAAGCGUUGGCAGUAAGUUGUGUUGGAGCAGCCAUUGGACUUCAUCCUGAAGCUUUCUUCAACAAACUGUACAGGACUUCACUUGAAGUUUUAGAGAGUCAAGAAGACCAAUGCAUAUCAGAUAUUUUGAAAUAUGUCAACCAUGGGGAUCCACAGAUAAGAGGAGCCACAGCACUCCUCUGCUCAACAUUCAUUCACUCGGCUCUCACAAAGACUCGAUUUAAUCCAGAAAGCUGGCUUGCUGUGGUACAAGGAGCUACAGGGUAUGGCUUCACUUUGGAGGAUUGCGUCCCUUUACUCCAGAAAACCCUGAAGGAUAAAUCAUCUGUAACUUGCAAAAUGGCUUGUGCUGCCGUAAGGCAAUGCAUCACAAGCCUGUGCAACAGCAGUUACAGUGAGCUGGGAUUACAACUCAUCAUCGACCUCCUCAACUUGAAAAAUAAUUCUUACUGGUUAGUGAGGACUGAACUCUUAGAAACGCUGGCCGAGAUGGACUUCAGGUUAGUAAGCUUCUUGGAAAGGAAAACAGUGGACCUUCACAGGGGUCAACAUCACUACACUGGGAUGCUGAAACUUCAGGAGCGAGCCAUCAAUAAUGUCAUCAUUAAUCUACUGGGAGAUGAGGAUCCACGGGUACGGCAUGUGGCAGCCACAACCCUCGUUAGGCUUAUCCCUCGAUUAUUUUUUGACUGUGAUCAGGGGCAGUCGGAUCCUGUGGUAGCAGUAGCCAGAGAUCAAAGCAGUGCCUACCUGCAGCUUCUCAUGCAUGAGACCCAAUCUACUUCUCACUUUGCAGUGAGUGCGAUCACCAGAACGUACAGAGGAUUCAACAUUUCAGAGAGUACCACUGAUGUGACAAUUGAGAACAAUCUCUCUCGUGUUAUCACUGCGGUGUCUCAUGCAUUAACCUCGUCCACUUCUCGAGCCCUUAUACUUGGUUGCUGUGAGGUUUUAUGUUUGCUCUCCUUGAACUUCCCUGUGUGUAAUUGGAGCAUUGGCUGGCACUGUGGAUAUACGACCAGCAGUUCGCAAGCAUCCAGAGUCAAUCUCUACAAGAACAGGGGGCGUUCAUUCAGUUUAUCUCAGAACAGUCCAACCGAUGACUCCCGCAAAAGCUGUACUGUGGGGAUGGUCAAUAUGAUACUGUCUCUACUUUCUUCAGCCUGGUUUCCUUUGGACCUUUCUUCUCAUCAAGAUGCUUUAAUAUUAUCUGGAAACUUGCUGGCUGCCAUUGCACCGAAAUCUUUGAAGAAUCCCUGGGCCAAUGAAGAUGAUACCAGUGCGACCACUAAAAUUGAAGAGCCAUGGCCUGCCUUGGCUGACAGGUCGUUGGUCGGGAUGGUGGAGCAACUCUUUUCUCAUCUGAUGAAGAUCAUCAACAUAUGUGCACAUGUGAUUGAUGAUGUUACACCUGGCCCAGUACUGAAGGCAACUCUCCCAUCUCUCUCGACUGCACCAUCGCUCAGCCCUAUCCGGCGCAAGACCAAGGAGAGGGAGUCAGCAGAACAGAUGGCUGCACCCAUGAGUCCCAAGAAAAGUACCGAGUCCAGUCCAGCUGCCAGGCCUGCAGAUGCUGUGGGCAUUGCACCAACUAGCAAGUCCACGUCCCUGGGUAGUUUCUACCACCUGCCUCCAUAUCUGAAGCUGCACGAUGUUCUGAAGGCUACAUACGCAAACUACAAGGUUACUCUGGACCUUCAGAACAAUAACGAGAAGUUUGGCAGCUUCUUACGGGCAGCAUUGGAUGUUUUGUCUCAGCUUCUGGAGAUUGCAACACUUCCAGACAUUGGGAAGUGUGUGGAAGAAAUCCUUGGCUAUCUGAAGUCUUGUUUCUGCAGGGAACCCAUGGCAGCCACAGUCUGCGUACAGCAGCUAUUGAAGACGCUGUUUGGGACAAACCUCGCAUCGCAAUAUGAUGGCUCCUCCUCGCACCCCGGCAAGUCACAGGGGAAGGUGCAGCGCCUGGGCUCGUCCAGUCUGAGGCCGGGACUGUACCACUACUGCUUUAUGGCGCCGUACACCCACUUCACGCAGGCGCUGGCCGACGCCAGCCUGAGGAACAUGGUCCAAGCGGAACCUGAGCAGGACACGUCCGGUUGGUUUGAUGUACUGCAGAAGGUUUCAUCGCAACUGAAGGUUAGCAUGACGAACGUGACAAGGCAUCGAGCUGACAAGAAUACGAUACACAACUACAUCCGCCUCUUUGAGCCUCUGGUCAUCAAGGCCUUGAAGCAGUACACCACGACCACCUCCGUCCAUCUGCAAAGGCAGGUGCUUGACUUGUUGGCCCAGCUUGUGCAGCUCCGGGUCAACUACUGCUUGCUUGACUCCGAUCAGGUGUUUAUCGGAUUUGUUCUGAAGCAGUUUGAAUACAUAGAAGUGGGCCAAUUCAGGGAAUCCGAGGCCAUAAUUCCAAAUAUAUUUUUCUUCUUGGUGUUGCUAUCAUAUGAACGCUAUCACUCCAAACCAAUCAUUGGAAUUCCCAAAAUUAUCCAACUGUGUGACGGGAUCAUGGCCAGUGGUCGGAAAGCCAUCACACAUGCAAUCCCGGCACUCCAGCCUAUAGUACAUGAUCUGUUUGUGCUGCGAGGGACCAACAAAGCCGACGCUGGAAAGGAGUUGGACACACAGAAGGAGGUGGUGGUUUCUAUGCUGCUGAGGCUCAUCCAGUACCACCAGAGCUGCAAUAAACAUCUUGAAAUGGUGCUGGAGAUGUUGAUUCUGGUGUUACAACAGUGCCACAAAGAGAACGAAGAUAAGUGGAAGCGCCUUUCUCGGCAGAUAGCUGACAUGAUUCUGCCACUGCUGGUGAAACAGCAGAUGCACCUUGAUUCACAUGAGGCCUUAGGAGUGCUGAACACCUUGUUUGAGACAGUGGCACCCUCGUCUUUGCGCCCUGUUGACAUGCUGCUGAAGAGUAUGUUUGCUAUGCCCGCCACCCUGGAGUCAGUUGGAACGGUUCAACUUUGGAUCUCCGGCAUCCUUGCCAUCUUGCGGGUUCUGAUCUCUCAGUCCACUGAGGAUAUUGUCCUUUCGCGGGUUCAAGAGCUGUCCUUGUCCCCAUAUUUGAUUUGCUGCCAGAACAUAAGCAGGUUGAGGGACACAGGGAAUCAAACGUUCCCAACAGAGGAGCAUGAGGAAGACAUGCAAAACAAACAUCUGCCGGAAGAAACCUUUGCAAGAUUCCUGCUGCAGCUGGUGGGGAUACUCCUGGAGGACAUUGUGAACAAACUGCUGAAGGUGGACAUGAGUGAGCAGCAGCACUCCUUCUAUUGUCAACAGGUCGGCACUCUGCUGAUGUGCCUGAUACACAUCUUCAAGUCAGGAAUGUUUCGAAGAAUCACUGCAGCUGCCACUAAGUUAAUUAUGGGAAAUGGCAGUGAUGGGAGCUUCUACACAUUGGAGACAUUGAACAACUUGGUUCAGACCAUCAUCCCCACUCAUCCCUCUCUCGUGCUGCUUUGGUGCCAGAUUUUACUGCUCGUUAAUUACACAAAUUACAACUGGUGGUCAGAGGUGCAUCAGACCCCAAAGAGACACAGCUUGUCUCGCACAAAACUGCUGAAUCCUCAGAUAUCAGAAAACGGAGCUUCAAAAUCAGUCUCUAAAUUGGGCAUGUGCAAUCGGGAAAUUGUUCGAAGAGGCGCACUCAUUCUCUUCUGUGAUUAUGUGUGUCAAAAUCUUCAUGAUUCAGAGCACUUGACUUGGCUGAUAGUCAACCAUGUUCAAGAUCUCAUCAAUCUUUCUCACGAACCUCCAGUGCAAGACUUUAUCAGUGCUAUUCAUCGUAACUCAGCUGCCAGUGGGCUUUUCAUUCAAGCUAUCCAGUCUCGAUGUGACAAUCUUGCAACACCAACCAUGUUAAAGAAGACCCUGCAGUGUUUGGAGGGAAUCCAUCUCAGCCAGUCUGGAGCAGUCUUGAUGCUGUACAUCGACAAGCUCAUCAGUACCCCUUUCCGAGUGCUGGCCCGAAUGGUGGACACACUGGCCUGCCGGCGAGUUGAGAUGCUUUUGGCCGAAAGUUUGAAGAAUAGUGUGGCCCAAGUACCGCGGGAAGAGUUGGAAAGGAUUCAGCGGUAUCUGCAAACCACUUGCCUCGCGCAAAGACACCAAAGAUUGUAUUCCCUGUUGGACAGGUUCCGGGCAACUGUUGCCGCCGACACCGUUAGUCCGUCUCCAAAUGUAACCACUCACCCGCUGGACGGGGACAAGCUCUCUGACAUAGAAUCUAUCGUCGUGGACAAAGAUUGGUAUGUGUUACUUAUCAAAUUCCAAUGCUGCAAUCGCUCAAAUACAGCUUUAAUGGAGUGUACUGAAUUACUUGAUAAACUUCCUGAAGAUGACCUCCACUCUAUCAUGACAACUAAGGAUUUCAACUUGAACCUGCUGACACCAUGCUUGGCCCUGGGUUUGCAAGGAAUCUGUACAGACCAGACUAGCGUGCUGUUUGAAACCGCCAGGAAAGUUACCUUGGAUCGCGUGACAUUCCAUGUCCAGCAUCUUCCCAGCAACCAACAGGUGUGGCAAAGCCUGUGUCCUUUGCCCAAUCCCUCCCAUUGGAAUAAGAUUGGCGAGCUUUAUGGAGAUGUGCAUUUCUAUCAUUCCGUCAUUGGUCUGUGCAGUGCAUUGGCCCAGUACCUUCUGUCUCUUCCCAAGCUACCACCAUCUCUGCAGAUUCCGCCUGACAAUGAGGCUGAUAUAACCAGUUUCAUGGUCAUGUCUUUGGAGGCACUGUGUUGGCACUUGCUGCAGGAUCAGGUUCCACUGAGUCUGGAUCUACAAGCUGCUCUGGAUUGUUGCUGUUUAGUGUUACAACAGCCCUCCAUUUGGAACCUGCUAGCAUCUGCUGCCUAUGUAACGCAAGCCUGUUCGGUUAUCAACUGCAUCCAGUUCAUCAUUGAAGCAAUGGCUGUUGAACCAGGAGAACACCAUCUUCUCCAUGAAGAGAGGAGAAAAUCAAAUGCUGACAGGAUGGAGGAUGAAGAGAGUGCAAAUGUGUCUGAAAGAUCCAAGUACAUUACAAAGGCCUGCAACGUGAUGACUGAGAUGGUGGAAUCUCUCCAGACGGUGUUAUCCUUUGGACAUGCCAGCAACUAUCGAAUCCCAGCGUUCUUGAACCCAACUCUCCGGAAUAUCGGUAUCAGUCUAGCCAGGCUGCCUCUGGUCAAUAGUUACACUCGCGCUCCUCCAUUGGUCUGGAAACUGGGAUGGUCACCUCGGGUUGGGGGUGAAUUUGGUACGACACUCCCUGAAAUUCCCGUCGAGUUCCUUCAGGAAAAAGAAGUCUUCAAAGAGUUCAUCUACCGGAUAAAUGUUCUUGGGUGGACCAGUCGCACUCAGUUUGAAGAAACCUGGGCAACCCUUCUUGGUGUGCUCGUGACUCAGCCUCUAGUGAUGGAUCAGGAAGAAGAGGUCCCACAAGAGGAGGAUACAGAGAGAACUCAGAUCAACAUCCUUGCCGUGCAAGCAAUAACAUCGUUGGUGCUAAGUGCUAUGUCAAUUCCAGUGGCAGGGAAUCCAGCCACGAGCUGUCUUGAACAUCAGCCCCGUAAUAAAGCUCUUAAGGCUCUGGAUACCAGGUUUGGAAGAAAACUGAGUGCCAUCCGGGGAAUAGUGGAACGAGAAAUCCAAGCUAUGGUAUCAAAAAGGGACAACAUUGUUUCGCAAUAUCCUUACCAAGCCUGGGACCCUGUGCCACCUCUCUCCAAUUCAACGUCAGGUGUCCUGAUAAGACAUGAAAAACUUCUGCUGCAGAUAAACACAGAGCGGGAAAUGGGGAAUAUGGAUUAUAAACUGGGGCAGGUCUCCAUUCACUCCGUUUGGUUGGGAAACAACAUAACCCCUUUGAGGGAAGAGGAAUGGGAUGAAGAUGAAGAAGAUGAGAGCGAUGUGCAUGUUGCAUCCUCGCCGCCCACUUCACCAGUUAAUUCCAGGAAGCAUCGGGCUGGAGUUGACAUUCAUUCCUGUUCUCAAUUUCUGUUGGAACUCUACAGUCAGUGGAUCCUCCCUGUAAAUUCUGGCAAGAAAACCCCAGUCGUUCUGGUCAGCGAGGUGGUGAGAUCGCUUUUGGCGGUCUCGGAUCUGUUUACCGAGAGGACACAGUUUGAGAUGAUGUACAACACUCUGACUGAGCUUCAGAAGAUCCAUCCAGCGGAAGACGAGAUUCUAAAUCAGUAUCUGGUACCUGCCAUCUGCAAAGCAGCAGCAGUUCUGGGCAUGGACAAGGCCAUCGCAGAGCCAAUCAGUCGCUUGUUGGAGACCACCAUGCGGAGCACUCACAUGCCAUCUCGGAUAGGUGCACUACACGGCAUCCUCUACAUCCUGGAGUGUGACCUGUUGGAUGAGACAGCCAAGCAGCUCAUCCCAACCAUCUGUGACUAUUUGUUGUCCAACCUGCGUGGAAUAGCACACUGUGUCAACAUCCACAAUCAGCAGCAUGUGUUGGUGAUGUGUGCAACGGCCUUUUACCUGAUUGAGAACUACCUGCUUGAUGUGGGGCAUGAAUUUACUGCAGGCAUAAUACAGAUGUGUGGAGUGAUGGUCUCUGGCAGUGAGGAGUCCACCCCUUCCAUCGUCUAUCACUGCGUCUUGCGUGGAAUGGAACGACUCCUUCUCUCGGAGCAGCUCUCACGUUUGGAUGGAGAGGCCCUGGUGAAACUCAGCGUGGACCGGUUGAACAUGCACAGUCCACACAGGGCCAUGGCUGCCCUGGGUCUGAUGUUAACCUGUAUGUACACAGGCAAAGAAAAGAGCAGCCCCGAUCGAAGUUCAGACGCUGACCCCACGGCUCCCGAUAGCGAGUCUGUCAUUGUAGCGAUGGAGCGGGUUUCUGUUCUGUUCGACAGGAUUCGGAGGGGUUUCCCCUGUGAGGCGCGGGUGGUGGCACGGAUCUUGCCACAGUUCCUCGACGACUUCUUUCCACCUCAAGAUGUGAUGAACAAAGUAAUAGGGGAAUUUAUUUCCAAUCAACAGCCCUAUCCACAAUUCAUGGCCACGGUCGUUUACAAGGUGUUUCAGACAUUACAUAAUACUGGACAGUCUUCCAUGGUGAGGGACUGGGUAAUGUUGUCACUUUCAAACUUCACACAGAGAACUCCGAUAGCGAUGGCCAUGUGGAGCCUGUCCUGUUUCUUUGUCAGUGCAUCAACCAGCGCGUGGAUCUCAGCUCUCCUUCCACAUAUCAUCAGCCGAAUGGGUAAAUCUGAACAAGUGGAUGUGAAUCUCUUCUGUUUACUGGCCAUGGACUUCUAUAGGAAGCAGAUUGACGAGGAGUUGGAUCGCCGUGCCUUCCAGUCUGUGUUUGAAAUGGUGGCAACUCCUGGCACUCCGUACCAUCAGCUCUUGUCCUGCCUGCGAAACAUUCAUCAGGUUGCUCAGAUCUGAUAGUCAGUGUCCACAGACUUGGCAUGUGGAGAGAACUUCUUAAUACACAGUGGGACAGAUCGCCAGAGUUUAUUUGCAGCAAACUCAGUAUUCUCAAGUCACUCUCCCAGCAUGUUCCUUCCAAAUGUUCUGACUCUUCAGCUACUUAUUGUCACGUGGUUGUAUGUCUAAUUUAGUGCAUAUAAUCACAAAACAUUAAUCUUCUCAGGAUGUAAGAUGUGGUAAUAUAAGUAAAAUUUGUCUUUUAACCGAAGAUUUAUAUAUCAUGUAAAAUAUGUAUGAUUGUAAAACUUGUGAUGCAUGAAUUUACCCCUUAAUUUGCAAUGAACAAAACCACUAUGUUGAAUGUCU